UUUUUAUCAAUGAGUAUAAAUCAUGCCAUCGUUUGCUACAUAAAAGGAGGGAAUAAUUUUUGUUUGGGAAAGCCCGUUGUCGAAGACUUUUUACCACGGGAGCACUUAAUGUGGGAUCUUAUCAGAUGAGUACAACAAUAAUUAGGGAUUAUACAAUCGAAAGUUUGUAUCUAAAACACUGUUUGGCAGAGAAGUGUUCCGUUUUUUGUGACCCGAAAACUGAGGAAAUCCUGGCUCCAAGUUCCUGAUCUCAACAUGGUGGUGUUAAACUGCGGGAACAAAAGAUAUAUCCGCCUGUGGCUAGUCCUCAUACUCCUCAGUAGUGCGCUGCUGCUCAUCUGGAGAAACCUGCAACAGGCUCAGAUGCUUUCACGGGCUCCCGAGCUCGGGAGUCUCAUUGGGGUUCCCCCAGACCUUCCCGCCGACAGCUACGAGGAGUAUGUGGAACUGCCAGGGAUCGCCCGCCGGGAGGACUCUCCCCGGACCCGGGACCUGCAGCUCCUGCUCAAGUGCCGGAACCGAUCGCUCCGGUUCCAGCGGCUUCAGCACGGCGAUUACUGGCUGCUCCAGAACCUCGUUAUUGGCCGAAAGAGCCGGCAUGUUGGCUGCGCCGAGACUGUGACGUACACCACCAAUGGGGACUUUACGUUCUUCGAUAAUCUGGAAACGGUGGUCUCGCGUUGGCGUGCUCCUGUGAGCUUUGCCAUCCAUGCACCCGGAUACGAUAUGAACACCGCCCUCGAUGCGAUUCGGUACGUGAGAAACUGUUUGCCGGGAAGCGAGGUCAUAAAAGACUGGGUCACCUUUCACGUGUACUUCCCCAACCGCCACAUGCCGGAGUACGUACCGUACGGGGAGCACAGGGCCCUGGGCCAGCCGUAUGCCUGCACCCUGGCCAACGGAACCCAGGUCCCGCCGCCCUACGCCCUCGUCCCCCGCAGCGAGAGCUACAAGGCGAGGGCCAACCUCAGCUACCCCAUCAAUGUGGGCAGGAACAUUGCGCGGCAGGCGGCCACCACCCACUUCGUGUUCGCCUGCGACAUCGAGUUGUACCCCAGCCUGGGCUUCGUUGACCAGUUCCUGGACAUGGUGGCCAGGAACCACAGUGUCCUGGCCCUGGACCCCAAGCAGCCGAGGAGGGUCUACCCGCUGCCCGUCUUCGAGGUCGAGUCGGGGGCGCCGGUGCCCAAGGACAAGGCCGAGUUGCUGGCCCUUUUUGGCAGCCAGCGGGCGCAGGUGUUCCACCUGAAGCUCUGCCCCACGUGCCACAUGAUUCCGGGCCAGAAGGAGUGGCUCAAUCAGACUUCCCGCGAAGGGGAGCGACUGCACGUGUUCAGCCACGCCGUCCGGAGAAACAAGUUCCGUGCCUGGGAGCCCUUCUACGUGAGCGACAACACGGAACCCUUUUUCGACGAACGGGUCACCUGGGAAGGACAAUCCAACAAGCGAAUACAGAAUUAUGCCAUGUGCCUGUUGGGCUACGAAUACCACGUUUUAAGUCCGGCGUUUUUAGUUCACAGUCCCGGCAUUAAGAAGUUUACCAAAAGUGACUCUGUUCGUCUUAAACUCGCGAAAGAUAUGACUAAAUUUAUCAAGGACAAAAUCGAACCCGAGUAUCGUGUCCUGUUCGGACGAAAUUCUGCCUGCAAGACGUGACAUUCAUUUGUUAUAAAAAACAGAGUAAACAUUAUUACGAACCGAAUUGCCUUAAAUACUGCAACUAUAUUUAUCUUAGCAUUUUAUGUGAGUCAGACUAAAGAAAAUCCGUGACUUAAGCUUUAGAAUAUACGUAGGAUAUUAGCUAUAAUAGUUAGGUAUUUUACAUUAAAAUUUUAAUUUUUAAGACUCAAAUUUUACAUUUUGUUACUAAUGGCUAUUUCGUCACUAUUUGCUCUCUAUUACUAAGUGUUGGACGAUUAAAAUACACAAUAACACAUGUCGAUUUUACUGUAA